GUUCCGAGGGCGCUCGCGCCGCGGCGCGUUCCAGUUUCGGCGCCGAGGAGCUGGGAGUGUGAGAGCGGGCGUAGGAAUCUCGACAGACACUGUGAAGUGACCGGAGCUGUGACUGAAGUAUCGACACGUCUCUAAUUAUUGGCGUCCCUCGUCUGCUGAUUGCUGAACGGCCGACAAACAAAAAAGGGGUGUGACCUCAGCGGCCGGCCGCCCACACGGCCACCAUGGCCGGCAGCGUCCUCUCCGGCGUCGCUGUGGCGCUGCUGCUGCUGCAGCUGACCGCCUGCGUCACCGCCAGGGCAACCUACACGAUCGUGGCGCCGCGUGUUCUGCGUCCGAACCUGCCGUUCAACGUGGCGAUCACCAUUUUGGACACGACGGCGCCGACGCGGGUCACGGUGCAGGUCGGCGGUAGGCCCGACUCGGGAGGCAACGAACUCAAGACCAAGGAGGUGGUGGUGCAGCCGGGCGUCACCACCUUCACCACCUUCAACAUCGGUGACCUUGGCCCGGGCCGGUACAACCUGACGGCCGCCGGCCAGGGCGGGCUCAGCUUCCAGAACACCACGGCUCUGGAGUACGUGCACAAGUCGUACUCUGUGUUCAUUCAGACGGACAAGGCCAUCUACAAGCCUGGCGACCUGGUGCGGUUCCGGGCGGUCGUCCUGAACCCCAGCCUGCGACCGCACACCGCCGGAAACCUCAACGCCUGGGUCACCGACGGAAAGGGGAACCGGAUCCAGCAGUGGGACCGUCAGUUUACCACUAACGGCGUGUUCACCAACUCCAUCCAACUGUCUGACCAGCCCGUCCUCGGCGACUGGAACCUCACGAUUGACGUGCUGGGCCAGCGGACGAGCAAGGUGUUUGAGGUGGCCGAGUACGUGCUGCCGCGGUUCGAGGUGACCAUCGACCUGCCGCCGUACGCCACCUUUGACGACACCAGCGUCACCGCCACCGUACACGCCAAGUACACGUACGGCAAGGCGGUGCGAGGCGAGGUGAUGGUCCGUGCCCACCCGGAGCUCAAGUCCACCUACCUACAGCCCAUCUUCCAGGACCCUGUGCGGAAGUCGGCACCCAUUGACGGCACCGCCGACGUCACCUUCAACCUGAAGGACGAGCUCGGUCUGACCAACGAGGACUACGAGCGGGAGCUGGUGUUUGACGUCAUAGUGACGGAGGAGCUGACGGGCCGCGCGCAGAACGCCUCGGCCGUCACCACCAUCCACCGUCACAAAUACACCCUGCAGCUGGUGAAAACCGCCGAGAACUUCAAACCCGGACUCAAGUACACCGCGUUCCUGAAGCUCGCCACCCAGGACGACAUGCCGGUGCGGGGCGGCCGGGACAAGGUGACCGUCAAGUACGGCUACACGUACAACCACGAGAACUACACGGUCACCGAGUACGACGUGCCGUCCAACGGCCUUCUCGAGCUCACCUUCUUCCCGCCGGCCGACAACGACACGCACGCGCUCGGAAUUGAGGCUGAGUACAAGGGCGUGAACCAGUGGUUCUCGACCGUCAACAAGGCGCUGUCUCCGUCCAACUCGUACAUCCAGGCCACGCUGGAGACGGAGGAGCCGCGGGUGGGCCAGCCGGUCACUGUGAGGAUCAACUCGACCCGGCCGGUGAACCAGUACGUAUACGAGGUGCUCGGACUGGGCCAGCUGCAGUUCGCCGAGACCAUGAACGCAGGAGGAGCGACCACACACCAGUUCAGGUUCACCAUCCGGAAGGACAUGGUGCCCCGCACGCGAGUGGUCGUCUACCACAUCCUGCCGGACGGAGAGGUGGUCGCCGACGCGCUCGACUUUGACGUCAUGGGAACAUUCCAGAACACGGUGGAUAUUGAGCUGGGCGCCAACAAGGUCGAGCCCGGUCAGGAGGUGGACAUCAAGAUCAAGACGCGACCCGACUCCUACGUCUGUGUGCUGGGAAUCGACCAGGCCGUCACCGUGCUCAAGUCGGGUAACGACAUUACCCAGGCGGACGUCUAUGAGGAGAUGGAGAGCUACGACUCGGGCCGCCGGCCGGACGGUCUGCCCUACCUGGAGAGGCAGAAACGGUCGCUGUUCUUCUGGCCGGGCACCUCCACCGCCAGUCAGGUGUUCGAGGAUUCGGGCGUUGUCAUGCUGACAAACGCGUAUGUGCACGAGAGCUUUCAUCUGACUGACGGCGAGGAGGGCGCCGAGAUUGGUAAGCGUCCCAGCUCGCGGCCCAUCCGCCCUCUGGUCUAUCGGAACGAGAGCACGGAGCUGCGUCCGGACCGCGGGCCGGGCAUCGAGUACCGGCCCGUCACCCGGCCGCCGCUGGCCGGGCCGUUCGCGUUUUUCACGAUCCCGCCGCCGUUCUACCAUCACCGGCGGGUCAAUGUGGUCAGGGACCCGCCCAACACGUGGAUCUUCGCCGACGUGCCGACGGCCGGAACGCUGGGCGAGGUGCGUCUGCGUGAAACGGCGCCCGACACCAUCACCUCGUGGAUGAUCUCCGCCUUCUCCGUGGACAACCUGUACGGCCUCGGCGUCUCCGAGCGGCCGUCGAAGCUGCAGGUGUUCCGCCCGUUCUUCGUGUCGCUGAACCUGCCGUACGCCGUGAAGCGCGGAGAGGUGGUGGGCAUCCAGUGCGUCGUCUUCAACUACCACCAGGCGGACCUGAUUGCCGAGGUGACGCUCGAACACCAGGGAGACCUGCAGUUCACCAGCUUCAGCGACGAGGCCGAUAAUGAGGUGGAGGGCGAGGAGAAGAAAGCGCCCACUCUGGAGCUGUUUAUCAAGAAGCAGGUACUGGUGCCUAAGAACGACGGCGCUAGCGUCACCUUCAUGGUCAUACCCCAGACGCUCGGCCACGUGGACAUCAAGGUCACGGCGCGCACCAGCGUCGCCGGAGACUCCGUGCAGAGGAAGCUGCUCGUCAAGCCGGAGGGAGUGCCCCAGGUGAUUAACACGGCCAUGCUGGUCGACCUGCGGAACACGGACCGGUUCAACAGCUCCGUGCCCAUCAAACUACCGCGCAGCUUCGUCAAUGGAUCCAACUCGGUCGAGGUCUCCGUCAUCGGUGACAUUCUGGGCGGCAGCGUCGGUAACCUGGAGAGUCUCAUCCAGCUGCCGUACGGCUGCGGCGAACAAAACAUGCUGCGCUUCGUGCCCAACAUUGUGGCUCUGGACUACCUGACCGGCUCGGGUCAGAUCACGGCCGGUCUGCAGGCGCGGGCCGUCGGAAACAUGCGCACAGGAUACCAGCGCGAGCUGAGCUACCGCAGGGAGGACGGCAGCUUCUCGGCGUUCGGGGACAGGGAUGACGCCGGAUCCACAUGGCUGACGGCGUUUGUAAUUCGCUCGUUCGCCAUGGCUCGCGAGUACAUCGAGAUUGACGGCAGCGUCAUGGAGCUGGGUCUCAAGUUCCUCGCUGAUAACCAGGCCUCCAACGGAUCCUUCCCAGAGGUGGGCCGCGUCAGCCACCAGCCGAUGCAGGGCGGCUCGGCGCGCGGCGUCCCGCUCACCGCCUUCACGCUGCUCGCCUUCCUCGACUCGGAGGAGGGCAGCCAGUUCAGCAACGCCAAGAACAACGCCAUCGACUACCUGGUCAGGAACAUCCCCACCGACCCGUACGAGCUGUCCGUGGUGGCCUACGCGCUGGCCAAGGCCGGACACCCGGGGGCGCCCGGCGCGCUGGCCCGCCUCAGCCGGAUGGCCUCCGAGGAAGACGACAUGCGUUGGUGGGAGAAGCCUCUGGAGUCUCUGAAGAACACGUCCUUCUGGUACGGCCGGCCGCGCCCGCUGGACAUUGAGAUGACGUCCUACGCGCUGCUCACUUAUCUGGAGCGGGGGGAAAGAGAGGAGGCGCUGCCCAUCCUCCGCUGGCUCAUGAGGCAGCGAAACGACAUGGGAGGCUUCCAGAGCACACAGGACACGGUGGUGGGGAUGACUGCGCUGGCAGAGGCCGCCGACGCUCUCCAGUCUGCCGACACAGACGUCUCGGUCCGGUUCAUCUUCGGGCCGCGCGGCAAGAACAUGCGCGUCACACGAUCCAACGCGCUCACCGUGCAGAAAUACGAGCUGCCGGACCCGGAGGUGGACACGGUCGAGGUGGGUGCCACCGGCUCCGGACUGGCCGUCGUCCAGGUCACACACCGCUACCACGUGGACGUCACUGGGCCCGACCCGAGCUUCUUCCUCAGCCCCCGGAUGGACGGACUCAGCAACAAGCGGCACAUCAAAGUCAGCGCCUGCACGGGGUGGGAGGGCGAGGGCGACUCGAGUAACAUGGCCGUGAUGGAGAUCGAGCUACCGUCCGGCUUCACCGUGGACGAACAGUCCAUCCCCGGGCUGUACAAGUACCGCAGCGUCAAACGCGUCGAGACCGCCGACGGAGAUACCAAGGUCGUCAUAUACUUCGACGAGAUUUCCCAGUACGAGACGUGCCCCACGGUCCUCGGCUACUACACGGCCAAGGUGGCCCGCCAGAAGAGGUCGGCAGUCACCGUCUACGACUACUACGACCCGACCCGGAUGGCUCGUCAGUUCUACCUGCCGAUCCAGGCGACCCUCUGUGACAUCUGCGAGGGCGACGACUGCGACCCGGUCCAGUGCGCCCAGGAGUCCGAGACGUCUGGUCAGCAGACCGGAGAUCCGGACGCCGCCGGUACCAUCUCCCUUCAGUGGCCGUCACUGCUCGUCGCAACGCUAGUUUUGGCCGCCGGCCGGUAGGCGGCGCUGGCGAUGGGUGGAUAGGGGGCGCUGGCGUCGUGUGAUUCGCUAGUUGGCCGCUAUCACCCGCCCGCUGUGAAAGACACUACUGUGGUGAAAGGCGAGAGGAUGGUCUGGUGACUGAAUGUGACAGACUGAGCUCGGUCUGCUGACUGAAUGUAACAGUCUGCGAUCUGGUUGACAGUCGACUAAGGUCUGAUGGUCGUUUGACCGAGGUCUGUUGGACAGCUAACGGGUUUGUGGCGUAAAGACGCCGCAGGCCGUCCCGAGGGGACGGCGGCAAGACGGUGGCAGAGUGAAUCCGUCCAGAUAUGAGCUACUGUAUUCAUCCGUCCAGACAUGAGCUCUGACUGUAUUAAUCCGUCCAGAUAUGAGCGAGAACAGUGUUAAUCCGUCCAUUUACGAGUACGGGCCCUUGUGAAUCCGUCCAGAGUUGCAGUGGCGCGCAGUUGCGCUGGGAUUUCGCACAGUGUGUGUAAGUUACGGCUGACGUGGGCCCCACUGCGAUGCCUUGUACACGGGGUAGACUGAUGUUGGUCGUUCACCGCUUCUGAGAGAGAGCUGUGCACGACAACCAAAGGAACCCAUAUAUUAUCUGCCGCUUACAGUUUACUAGCGGUGGUUGUCGCCGAUAUACCGCUAACAUUCCAGAAUGUCGCACAAUAGCAGGGGACCGCGCAGGUCCCUGUUGUCUGAGUAUAAUUACCUGUCCUCGCGCCAUCGCACACUCACAGAGUAACCGCCACUGGUAUGUGCCGCCGCGGAGCUUGAUGUCUAACUCGUUGCGUUGUUAUGUUUGCGGUAUCACAAUCACCCUUCAUUGCCCCCCGGCAGUGUCGUCUCUUAUUCACCUAACACCGCGGCGCUAUUCACUGGGCUGCGUCGUCUGCACGUUGUACUAUUGUUGGGGGUAGCGGGCGGGGGGAGCCCGCCGGCCCGGGUGGACUGGGGAGCGCCAGGGGCGCCAGACUUUUUACUGCGAAUUGUGAGUGUAUGAGGGCUGUUUUUGGCCCGUAUUUAUAACAAAUGUGACUGAAUAAUAAACUUGUGAAAUGCCCAAA